GGCUGCCUCUGACUAAGCAAUCUACAAUCCCUUCCAAACCAGAACGUCAGGUGAACGCGUUGACUGUGGAUAAUGGCUUUCGCUACUAGUUCAUCCGCGUUCGGAAUGAAACCCAGUGGCUCUUCUAUUUUCGGCCAGUCGACGCCAGCACCAGCUGCAGGGGGCGGCGCGUUUGGACAACAACCAACAGGUGCAUUCGGGCAGCCGACAACCGGCGCGUUUGGUCAGCCUCAAAACGCGACCGGCAGCGCCUUUGGUCAAUCCGGCGCUUCUGGUGGUCUUUUUGGUAAUCAGCAGCAGCAGCAACAACAACCGGCUCCGGCUGCAAACAUAUUCGGCCAGAAUCAGCAGAAACCCGGUGGAUUGUUUGGGCAGGCGCAGAACCCUUCGAUUUUUACGCAGCAGCAGCCACAAGCUGGCGGUCUGUUUGGGAGCACACAACCGCAGCAGCAGCAGCAGCCGGCGACGGGAGGUGGGCUGUUUGGAGCGCAGCCACAGCAACCUGCGGCGGGAGGAGCAGGAGGGUUAUUUGGGAAUCAGCAACAGCAACCAGCGGCAGGGGGUGGAUUGUUUGGGAGCCAGCAGCCACAACAACCGGCCACUGGCGGUGGGCUUUUUGGGGCCCAGCAGCAGCAGCAGCAACCGGCUAGUGGGGGACUUUUCGGUCAAUCGACUACCGGUGGCCUCUUCAAUCAAACGAAUGCGCAGCCCGCGACUGGCAGCAAUAUCUUUGGUCAGAGCACGCAACCAGCCACGGGACUGUUUGGCCAGUCUACGCAGCCUGCGACGGGGAUAUUUGGAUCGCAGCCGAACCAGCAACCAGCUAAUUCCGGAGGUAUCUUCGGUAAUUCCAUGUUUGGGAAACCAACUACGAAUGGCGCUGCAGGACAAGGCAUGUUUGGGUCCACUACGAACCCUCUGCUGGGCAACAACAACGCAGGCUCCAUGUUUGGUUCGGUGCAGCCUGUUCAACAACAGCCCCCUGCGUUCACGAAGUCCACCAAGUUCAAUGACCUUCCGGACGCGAUCAAGAAAACGUUUGAAGAUAUUGAGUCUCAUAUCCAGAACCGGAUCCAGAUCAGCAAGGAUCUGCAUCAACGAAAACUGGGCGAAGAAGCGCUCAAGGGUCAAGAUUUGAUUCGUGCAGUCCACAAGGACCUAGUGAACACGACCACUGCCCUCCGCCACGACUCCCAUGUCACCCGUGAUCUCAAAGCGAAGACCGAUCAGGCGGUGCAGGACACGAUAGUUGCCACGCGACUGGUGGAUGGAUUCCGCAAUCCGCAUGCCAAUGCGGUCUACUUGAAAGAUCAUGCCGGGUUUCCGCUAGAAUUUUUCACGCGCGUAGCCACCCAAAUGCGCGAGCGACUGGCCUGGUACAAAUCCACGAUCGAACAAAUCGAAAGGAAGCUUUCUUCGUCGGCAGGCCAAUUGCAGGUUUCCCCACAAGCCAUUCAAGCGACGUUGCAAGCCCAAAACGAGACAUUCCUUGCGCUAGCAGCGAAGACAGCAGCUCUGGAUGCUCAGCUGCAGAGGAUCAAACAGGUGUAUUCUCAACUAUACCGAAUGAGAACCGGCAGUCAUCGCGAUCCGUUCGAAGGUGGCGAGCGAGGGGAUUUGGGGAUCGGGUCGUUGGGUCUAUAGCGUAGAAACUAAUCGAUCGACUGCUCAGGGAUUGCGUUCCGUAACUCGCCCGCCGACAUUGAGUUCACAGGAGACACCCGCGUGGUCGAUCUGGUCGCUACCGAUCACGGUCAAGGUAAUUUUGAAAGACAGGAGCUCCCCAGCUUGGAUUCCUGCUCCCAUGUUAUCGCCCCCUUUAUUAUGGCCUUCGAGGGUUUCCAGGAUGGGUUUACUGUCCAUUUGGGCCGUGGCCCCCAUCAUGUUACCUGGGAACCCUCAGCCAUUGUGGCUCCUCUACGUUCUCAUGGCAUUGCGAAUGACUGCAUGUCUCGUGUGCAGUCUGCGUAAUCUGGCCAGGGAUUCGUGGAGAUACGAAAUCAUCGAUGUCACUCUUUUCAUCUACCUGAUGCUUUAUUCCAUUCUUUCCUACACCACAAUCUUUUGGCUCCCUUUCCUCGCUAUUCAAGGCCGCCUCUUGUGGGCUGUGCCGCUAAUGUCAUACUCCGUGUUUUGUCUGUCUCUCGGACUGCUUAACGAACCCGAGAACUUGAGCGAGUGGGCUCCCGUGCUACAACCCUUCAACGCUUGCUAUAACACGCUUCUGGGUCUUCACUUUGAAACUGCUCUCCCCGUAUUCAAAUGAUGGAAACGUCGCUGGACGACUUGACCUGCUUGAAACCGAGACGUGGUAGUUAACAAUAGUCAACGGCACUGGGUGCCCCUUCAUAGCUGGCUGAGCCAAACAAGAUCAUAAAAUUUCACAUACACCAAUGUUUUACGCUAGCGAUAAGUAAGAAGCUGCAGCUGGCG